CAUAAUCAAAGAGAAAUUUAUCAGGGUGGCGCAAUGGCAUUGAUCGGGCCUGACAUCAAUAAAGAAAGGAAGCAGUUAUUUGCUACAAAUUUUGAAAUUAUUUCUGUACCAGAAAAAUCUUGCUUUGGUUCAAUAGAGUUAAGGCUAAACAAUGAAUUGGUUGAAAAGGAAUUUAGUUGUUAUAAACGCAGUCCAAACCAAUGUGAUCAACUUGGACUAGAGGAAUACAACAAACAUAAAAAGACAUUUAAUGAAUUCUUGGAACUAAGUAUAAAGUGUCCUUGCGAUACAGAACCUCGUCCACCACAUAUAACCGAGGAUUGGUUAAAUAUACCUCCUGGAGCUAGAGUUAAACGAAGUGUAAAAGACAAGCCUUUAUUAGGAAUUCGUGAUGCUGAUGGAUUGAUUCACGGCUGUGAAGAUGCCGAUGAUACUGUUAUUGGUGAUAUUGUGUAUAUGCCUGGGGAGGUAGAGCAACUAAUCGUUGAGCAGCGUAAAUGUAAAAUUCCAAAUAGUUUAAACUUUAUCCAUUAA